AUGGUAUCCUCGUCCUGGCUUCGUCUUGCAGCCCGAUGCGUGUGCCGGUCCGACCCGAUCCCUGCGGACUCUCGCUGCGGUCGGCUCCUGCGCCAGGGCCGCGGGGUGCAGGGCCCCGCCCGCGGCCACGCCGUCGCGGGCCAGCUCCUGGCCCUGGCCGGGGCGGGCGCCGUGCUCGCGGCCUACUGCGCCGGGCCCGCCCUGCUGCCGGCGGCGCCGGGGAUGCCGGUGGCCGCCGCGCUGCUCCUGCACGUGGGUCCGGCCGUGGCGGCCUCUGCGCUCCUGGGCGCGCUCGGCCCGUGCCUGGAGACGGUGGUCUCGCUGAGGACGCCCGUGGAGAUGCAGGGUGCUGCGAUGGGCACGCUCAACGCCGCCAUGUCUUUAGGGGGUCUUGCGGGGCACCUGGUCGGAACGACGCUCUGGACGGUCUCCGCGUCUGGCGCGGGGGCCACGGCGGACAGUCGGCUUGCCGCGCCGUUGCCCUCUGCUCUGAUGGGAGGUCGCCUGCCUUAUGUGUGCGUGUCUGCCUUGCUGGCCUUGAUUGCGCUGGCGCUCCGGAUGGGCCAUGCCGCGGAGGAGGGCCUCUCCGUGGCGGAGACGUUGAGACGUGGACACCUGGUCGGUAUGCCCUUCGGUGGAGACCAGGCUGGCCGCCAGGUGGUGGGCGGUUGCGGCCCUGCCCCCCAGGCACUGGGCCGCGCCAUCGCUGGCGACAGACCUGCUGGAGGCGUGGCCGCCGAGCUCGCGGCGCCUGCGGAGGAGGCGCGGCCAGGUGGGGGCUCCAGCUCGGAGCUGCCGGGGACGCCGGGCGAGGAGCAGGCCGCCCUGCUGCAGCUGCGGGGUGGCGCGCGCUCGCCCGCGGCCGCCCCCGCGCCGGCGUUGGUCUGA